ACAUUGUGGUUCUCUCCAUAAACCAAAAGCUACACGUUUUAGGAAAUCUUUCACACACCAGGCCUCGUUAGAAAAUAUGAAGUUUUUUUUUCAUAGAGUACUGGCUGAAAUUAUUUUAACACGAAUGGUUCUUAAAACCUAAAGUCCAGAUGCAGAAUGAAACUAAAGGCCUGCUACGACUGGUUGAAGUUGUUUUACGUUAACUCCUUGGGAAUUAGUGAACAGUUCUGUAUUCGGUGUCGGCUAGGCCUUAGAACAAAAUAACUUGAGCCCCACAUGUAGAACGUAUUGUAUUACAUAAAGAGCGUUCAGGCCAGAUAAUAUUAGAAGGACACAAUGGAAGGGGGGGUGUAACGUCGGUUUUACGUGGCAGGCAUAACCUGAAUAAUUACUUGUAGAGACGAUCGAACAAAAACAGAAGUUAUACCGGAGAUGCAGGUUUCCCAUCCGAUGUACAGUUGCACGUAGUUAUAAAGCUUGAUAAACCGACUAAGUAGUGAUCGAAAAAGUCUAAUGCGAACGCAUAUGGGAGGGGAGAGCCGCUGAGCAAAUGAGAUAAGAGGUCGGCUGGUAUGGCUAGGGUAGCAAAGCGGAGGCAGUUUCUGUUAGCUAUUUAACACAGGCAAGCCCGGAGCAGAGGCAGAAAACAACAACAAUAGCAUGGUAAAUUUUCAACGGGACAGACAGUUGACCACUGGUAUGUGCGCACUUCUGCCUAUUUUACGCUGAAUUAGAUUAUUUUUUUUUUGAACGAGUUGGGAAAUUCACUGUCCGGGAUGGGGAAGGAGGUGAACGGGGUGUCGCGGAGCCGGUUUGAGCAGAUGUUCUCCAACAGUGAUGAGGCUGUCAUCAACAAGAAACUACCCAAAGAGCUGCUGCUGAGAAUCUUUUCAUUUUUAGACGUGGUGACGUUGUGCCGCUGUGCUCAGGUCUCGAGGUCCUGGAAUGUUUUGGCUCUGGAUGGCAGUAACUGGCAGAGGAUUGACCUUUUUGACUUCCAGAGGGACAUUGAGGGCCGUGUGGUGGAGAACAUCUCCAAGCGGUGCGGAGGGUUCCUUCGAAAGCUGAGCCUCCGAGGCUGCCUGGGCGUUGGGGACAGCGCCCUCAGGACCUUUUCCCAGAACUGCAGAAACAUUGAGCUCCUCAGUCUGAACGGCUGCACGAAGAUCACGGACACGACGUGCACCAGUCUGAGUAAGUUCUGCCCCAAGCUGAAGCACCUGGACUUGGCUUCCUGCACCUCCAUCACCAACCUGUCCCUCAAAGCGCUCAGUGAGGGCUGCCCCCUGUUGGAACAGCUGAACAUAUCCUGGUGUGACCAGGUAACCAAGGAUGGGAUCCAAGCUCUGGUGCGCUGUUGCCCGGGCUUAAAGGGCCUCUUCCUCAAGGGCUGCACACAGCUGGAAGAUGAAGCCCUGAAGUACAUAGGGCCGCACUGUCCGGAACUGGUCACCCUCAAUCUCCAGACCUGUUCAAUCACAGACGAGGGGCUGAUCACUAUCUGCCGCGGGUGCCACCGGCUGCAGUCCCUAUGCGUGUCCGGCUGUGCCAACAUCACAGAUGCCAUCCUCAACACCCUGGGCCAGAACUGCCCCCGCCUCAGAAUACUUGAGGUGGCACGCUGUUCCCAGCUUACAGACGUGGGCUUCACCACAUUAGCACGGAACUGCCAUGAGCUUGAGAAGAUGGACUUAGAGGAGUGUGUCCAGAUCACAGACAGCACACUCAUCCAGCUGUCCGUUCACUGUCCGAGGCUACAGGUCCUGAGCCUCUCGCACUGCGAGCUAAUAACAGACGAUGGGAUUCGACACCUGGGCAGCGGCCCCUGCGCCCACGACCGCCUAGAGGUCAUCGAGCUGGACAACUGCCCGCUCAUCACUGAUGCCUCGCUGGAGCACCUGAAGACCUGCCACAACCUGGACCGCAUCGAGCUCUACGACUGCCAGCAGAUCACCCGCGCCGGCAUCAAGAGGCUGAGGACUCACCUGCCCAAUAUCAAAGUGCACGCCUACUUCGCCCCGGUGACUCCGCCCCCCUCCGUGGGAGGAAGUCGUCAGAGGUUCUGUCGCUGCUGUAUCCUGCUAUGAUGUUAAAGACACUGCCCCCCCCCCCCUCCCCAUCUGUUACCUCUCGCCCACCCCCUCCGUUUUGAGGUGUUGAGUCCGUGUCUGCCUGCACCCUUCACUCCCCCCUCAGUCAUGUGACAGCCGGUUGCCCCGGGCGCUGUGAGAUUGACUGACUGCGCGCCUGCCGCAUUCCUGAACCCACAUGCCCUCUCCACGCGUCUGCGGUCGACAUGGCAACAUUCCCCGUUAAACCCGGAGUCAACGAGGGCAAUGAACCUGCUUCCGUUCAGUUACCUCUCCAAAGAAACGCACACAUAUGUGCACACAUGCACCCCUGGGCACACACACACACACAUACAUACACAUACACAUACACAUACACAUACACACAAGCACACACACAUACACACACCCCAUGGGCGCGCAUACACAUACACACACACAUGCACACACACAUGCACACUCACAUGCGCAAGCACAAAUGCACACACAUGCACGCACGCACAUACCACCCUCACAUGUGCGAGCACAAACACACACCACACACAAAGCCAGCCUUUAAUCAGGUGUGAACUUUAUCUUUGUGAAAUCUUAUCUGUUCUGUGGCCCUUUUAUAGGGACUAGAAUGUAAGACCCAACUGACUGUUUUUCCCUUCAUCAACCGAAUCUGUGUGGUCCCAUGUCCUCUGAAGGCUACCUUUUUAACAAUAGACGCACAUUCGCACACACACUCACGCGCACACACACACACCAUACUCCAAACUCCGCUGCCCUGCUCAUUGCCCCAUCCACAGUUGAAGCUCCAUAGUGCUUAAAAAAAUCAAACUUAUUUUUUAUAAAGGACAGUAAACCAGAUGGAGGAAGAAAGGAGGAUUCUUGAGAUGCCAAAUGUUGCAUGUUACAAUUCUAGUUUUUUAAAUAUAAAUGUGUAUAUAUGUAAGUAAUGUAGGAGUCUCUGCUGGCUGUUUACCCGACUGUAGAAUGCUGUACUGUACACAGGAGCUGAACAGAGAGCAAGGCCUUGUGGGUCACGCUGGCUGAAUGUGGCGACAGUGAACCGGGCUUGGGUUCAGUGUUGCGGUGUAGCAACCGCAAUGUAAGAAAGCCUUUUCUGAAUAUUACUCACAGAGCCCUGCUGGCCCAUGAGUGCUGUUUUUCUGGUCCUUCGAGGUGGGCUUGGUUGAAGGGAAGACAACCAAAUCGUCUCCUGAAAAAACUGAUCCAAACACAAUCAUUUCUUUUUAUUAUUUUUUUGAAGAGAAGGACAAGGAGCGAUGGUGCUGUUGACGGUAAAUGAGAGGCGUAUUUGCACUAGUUACUGCAGUCAACCAGCAAAGCCCUGUGAAGUUUAAAGGCAGGCACCCCCCUCCCCCCUUUCCAAUGCCCCAAUGGUUUGUGAAUUGUCUUGGCGAGACGGGACAGUCCCGCCCCAAUCUGUGUCUGGUGCUAGAGUAGCCGAAAUGAGAAGUUGGCUUUCAUUUUACGUUGCGGAUGUGGAGUAAGAACGUGCCCUAGUUCCCUGCUCUCACGGACCCCAGAAGAAUGAUAUGUCCCCGCUGUAAGCUGCUUAUACCUUAAUUGGCCGGUUAUGUCGCUGCGGCAACAGAUAAAAACAGUCAAUGAUUAGAGGUUGUGAC